CAAAAGUUGACAAAAGGGGAGAAAAUAAGCAUUCACCCGGGCGAAACCAUUCUAUUUAUAGCAUCAGCAGUUGCGAUGUGAAGAUUGUUGCACUGUAAUUUCAUAAGGGUGGAGAAAAAUGUUUAAACUUUUCUUUUACUCUGAAAGGCAGACUCUGUCUCUUCUGAAAGCCUGUUGAAUGUCCUGAACUCAAACAAACAGGAAUGUCGAGGAGAAGUCCAGAUUUUUGCACACUUGAUAAAUCGACCAACCCAUCACUGGUGUAGCUGUUAUUAUGGCUAACAGUGCGGUUCCUGGUGACAAUCUGCCCACAUAUAAGCUGGUGGUUGUGGGAGACGGAGGUGUAGGAAAGAGUGCUCUUACCAUCCAGUUUUUCCAAAAGAUUUUUGUGCCUGAUUAUGAUCCUACUAUUGAAGACUCCUACCUGAAACACACAGAGAUCGAUGGCCAGUGGGCUAUUUUGGAUGUUUUGGACACAGCAGGUCAGGAGGAGUUCAGUGCCAUGCGAGAGCAGUACAUGAGGACUGGUGACGGUUUCCUUAUUGUGUUCUCUGUGACAGACAAGGCCAGCUUUGAACACAUCGACCGCUUUCACCAGCUCAUCCUGCGUGUAAAAGACCGAGAGUCUUUCCCCAUAGUUUUGGUGGCUAACAAAGUGGACCUGGUUCAUCUGAGGAAAGUGACAAAUGAUCAAGGCUGUGAAAUGGCAGCCAAGCACAAUAUUACUUACAUUGAAACAAGUGCCAAGGAUCCCCCGAUGAAUGUGGAAAGAGCCUUUCAUGAACUAGUCCGAGUUAUCAGACAGCAAGUUCCAGAGCACAGUCUGAAAAAGAAGAAAAAGAUGAAGUGGCGAGGAGACAGAGCAAUGAAUUCACACAAGCUUCACUGUGUGAUUUUGUGACUAGAUCUCCUGUCCUAAUCGGCAGCGUUUGGUGGACUAGAGAUCUGCACUAAUCACUUACCAUGAAGUGAAUAUAGUAAGACAGUCUCUUCGUGUCUCAGGGAAGCAUCUUAUGCGAGUCAAGGGAUCAGUAGCAAUCGAUACAAUACAUUCUUAUUGACGCACUGCUUAAAACAACAAAACGCCAAUCAGAACAUGCUUGAUGUUUAAUAUACAAUUAAUGGACCAAUGAUAUCGCACUGUGGGAGGAGCUACCCAGACAGACAUAUCCAACAUGAAACAGCCCAGCAGGCACAGGAUGUACACAUGACGUCAGAUUGACGUUGUACCCCAACGUCAUGGGGAUGUUGCAUUUUGUUUUUGAAAUUCAGGUUGACGUCAGAAACCAAUUAAUGUCCAAUUUCCAACCUAAAAUCAACCAAAUAUCAACAUCUAAUGAUGUUACAGCUUGACGUUAUCAUUAUGAUGUCUAUCAUUUUAGUUGCCCUACCUAACGGAUAAAUGUCAGCAUUUGACGUUGGAUUUUGGCCAAAUUUCAACACAACCUAAAAUCCACCAAAUAUUAACAUUAUUUGACGACACUAUUGGACGUCAAAAUAACUUUGUCCUUAGACACUGACUAGACAUUGUAUUUUGGUCACCUGAUGUCACAACCUAAAUCUAACGUAAUAUUAACAUCUUAUGACCUUGUGUGCCUGCUGCGAGUGUACCACAGUGAUUUCUGCACUUACAUCAAUGUUCAUAUAAUUAUGUGGAGAAUCAUUCUGCAGAGCUGUCUGAAAAUGUUUUUAGAAGCAACAAGCGACAACAACUAAUAUAUAGGUAUAUUGUUGUUUAGCUUUCAAGGGGGAGUCAAAUUUGCCUUACAAAUGCAUAUUUAGUGGCAUGUUUGAGGGAAUAUGGAGCUAUGUUAAAAGUUUAAGUGUUAUUGAGUGUUGAGAGAUCUCCUCAAUAUGGCCUUUACUGUUAAGAAUAAAAAGUACUGAGAUGAAUGAAGGGUCGAUUGCACUAGCAGACAAAUGCAAGUCUUUUUGCACUUUCAAUAUUUCCUCAUGGGCCUUUGCUGUUUAAUUUUGCCUUCUCAUUUUUUUUAAAUAGGUUUUUUGACUUUUGUUGGACUCUUUUAAGAGCUCUAAGCCAAUGUUGCUAUUUUAUCAGACAGAAAAUGUCUCUAUUACCUGGCAGAUAUCAAUGAAACAGGUCUUGAUAAAUCACACAUGCCUGUGACAGUUUUAUAAACCGGUGUCCUGACAUUUUAUCCCACCCAUCAGAUUAUGCUACCAACACUGUUCUGAGAUUGGGGUUAUGGAUUAGGAAGGUUAGGGCAAUAUUACAGCUUCAUAUCACACUAAUCCACAUUAAAAUUGACACUGUAGCAAAAUCUAAUAGGUAACAUAUUACCUACUUUUUGAAUGAGAGGUAAGACAAUCCCACAAGGUAGGACAAAUCAACAGAACACCGGUUCCUUCAGGGUUUUGCGAGUCUAAUGGUUCUUGAGAUCAAAACAGGAAAGUUUUUCAAGAUUUCGUGUGUAUUGUGAAAUCAAAACACAAGAAUUGAAGCAAAUAAUGCCACAAGUUUUGAGAAAAGUGAUCACAAAAUCAAAUCAUUUUUGGCCACAGGUGUUCUGGAAGGAUUGGUAAAUGGUAUAAAUAAAAGUUUUGUGUUUUUUUUGCUUUGAUAUUUUUCACUUUUGGAUUUGCUGACAAUUGUCAUGAAAAUAGGAGAUUUAG